CCUACUUUUUGUAUUUAAAUGCUUCUUUUUCACUCAGGAUUCUUCCAUCAUCGACUUCUACCCCGACGACUUUGCCAUCGAUCUCAACGGCAAGAAAUACGCCUGGCAGGGAGUGGCCUUGUUGCCGUUUGUCGAUGAACGCAGACUGUGGGCGGCUCUGGCGGACGUUUACCCCGACCUCACUACUGAGGAACAGAGGAGGAACAGUCUUGGCAGCGAUCUGAUGUUUGUCGGGAAAUCUCACCCGCUGUUCGACUUCAUUCACGAACUCUACCGCACAGAAUCUAACGAGGUAACAACGACACACGUCAAAUCAAAUCAAAGUGACCGCGUUGUGCCGUCUUUAGAAGUAAUUAUUGUUGGUUGUAAAAAGCUUUGAAAUGGUGGACGCACU